AUGCAGCAGCAUUUUCGGCAGCUCAAUUCUCCCCUGCAUGGCCUAGACUGCUUUCCCGACGUGGAGGCUCAGCAGCACCGCUUCCUUCAGGCUGGCUGGACUGCCUGUUGUGCUGUGGACAUGAAUGAAUUCUAUCGCUGCUUUCUCCCCUCAGAAGAAUGCCAGCGCAUGGAGAAUCUUGAACCUUUUGAUGAGUUUGAGGAGUGGCAUUUGAAGUGCGCCCACUAUUUCAUUCUGGCCGCUUCUAGAGGAGACACUCUCUCCCAGACUCUGGUGUUUCCACCCUCAGAAGCGUUUCCUCGAAUAGAUCCUGCUUCUCCGUCAGGCGUCUUCCCUGCCAGUGUAGUCACUAGUGACAGCAAGGGCCCAAACCUUAAGAGAUAUGGGCAUGCCUCUGUCCUUUUGAGCCCAAGCGUUAUUCUUAGUGCAGGAGGAUUUGGAGAGCAAGAGGGACGGCAUUGCCGAGUGAGCAAGUUUCACUUGCUCUCAAGAUAUUGUGACUUUGAAUGGAAAGGCAACCAAAUAUGCAGUUGUGGGACUGGAACCCAGUGGGAUGGACGCCUUUAUCACACCAUGACAAGACUUUCAGAUACUGAGGUUUUGGUUCUGGGAGGGAGACUGUCCCCAGUAACUCCAGCCUUGGGGAUUCUCCAACUUCGUGUCUCUAAGAGUAAGGAUAAUAGCACUGAGGACCUAAAUAUUACAAUAACAAAGGCCGGCCCAGAAGAUUCCAUGUUGUCAUGUUGGCGGCAUUCAACAACAGAAGUGUCCUAUGAGAAUCAGAAAUACUUGUUUGUGUAUGGGGGUCGAAGUGUAGUAGAACCUGUACUAAGUGACUGGCAUUUCCUACAUGUGGGGACAAUGGCUUGGGACAGUAUCCCAGUGGAGGGGGAAGUACCUGAAGGUCGGCAUUCACACAGUGCCUGCAGCUGGCAAGGGGGAGCCCUUAUUGCUGGAGGGCUGGGUGCUUCUGAGGAGCCAUUGAGCUCUGUACUCUUUCUAAAGCCAAUGUCUUGUGGAUUCCUCUGGGAAUCAAUAGUCAUCCAGCCUCCCAUUACUCCAAGGUACUCACACACAGCUCAUGUGCUCAAUGGGAAGCUUCUGCUUGUUGGAGGGGUCUGGAUUCAUUCUUCCUCAGUUCCUGGAGUGACUGUAAUUGAUUUGACUACAGGAUUGAGCUCUGAGUAUCAGAUUGACACAACAUGUGUGCCAUGGCCAUUAAUGUUACACAAUCAUACCAGUAUCCUCCUUCCUGAAGAGCAGCAGCUCCUGCUCCUUGGAGGUGGUGGGAACUGCUUUUCCUUUGGCACCUACUUCAAUCCCCAUACAGUGACAUUAGACCUUUCUUCCUUAAGUGCUAGACAGUAG